CGACUAGCAGUCAGAAGCACGUGGAAAGUUGUUUGUAGUAAUGCUGAUAGUUAUGUAGCGUUGUGGCUUCAGGCCUGAUAACCGCCUGACAUGUGUUGUCUUGUACAGCAGGCUUCAGAAACUGUCUCCAGUGUCAGAUUGUGCAUCUAAACCGAUGAGAGGAUGUGUUAAAGAAACAAGAGAUAAUUGAUUCCAUUAUGUGCGCGUCAGCCAAAUAUAACACCCGGGGUCCAGCCCUCAUCCCAAGAAUGAAAACCAAGCAUCGCAUCUACUACAUCACUCUCUUCUCCGUAGUUCUUCUUGGCCUAAUUGCUACAGGAAUGUUCCAGUUCUGGCCUCACUCCAUUGAGUCAUCCACUGACUGGACUGUUGAAAAACGCAGCGUGCAUGAUGUGCCUGUGGUCAAGCUUCCUGCUGAUAGCCCCAUUCCUGAGCGGGGAGACCUCAGCUGCAGGAUGCACACCUGCUUUGACGUCUAUCGAUGUGGAUUCAAUCCCAAAAACAAAAUUAAGGUAUACAUCUACUCACUGAAGAAGUACGUGGAUGAAUAUGGGACGUCAGUCAGCAAUACCAUUUCCAGGGAAUACAAUGAGCUACUAACUGCCAUCUCUGACAGUGAAUUCUACACUGAUGAUGUCAACCGGGCCUGCCUUUUUGUGCCAUCCAUAGAUGUUCUCAAUCAGAACACACUCCGCAUCAAGGAGACAGCUCAGGCUUUGGCACAGUUAUCCAGGUGGGAUCGAGGCACAAAUCACUUGCUCUUCAAUAUGCUGCCUGGGGGGCCACCAGAUUAUAACACUGCACUGGAUGUUCCUAGAGAUAGAGCUCUGCUAGCUGGUGGAGGCUUUUCCACAUGGACUUAUCGGCAAGGCUAUGAUGUCAGUAUUCCUGUGUACAGCCCGUUGUCUGGGGAAGUGGAUCUGCCGGAAAGAGGACCAGGUCCUCGCAGGUUUUUUAUUCUGUCAUCUCAAAUGGCCCUACACCCAGAAUACCGGUCUGAGUUGGAAGCUCUUCAAGCUGAGAAUGGGGAAUCAGUGUUGAUCCUAGACAAAUGUACAAAUCUGUCAGAUGGGAUCCCUACUGUUCGCAAACGCUGUCACAAGAGUCAAGUCUUUGAUUAUCCUCAAGUACUUCAGGAAGCUACGUUCUGUGUCGUUUUACGUGGAGCCCGCCUGGGACAGGCUGUGUUAAGUGAUGUUCUUCAAGCUGGCUGUGUCCCAGUCAUCAUUGCUGAUUCCUAUAUUUUACCUUUCUCUGAAGUUCUGGACUGGAAGAGGGCCUCUGUUGUCAUCCCAGAAGAAAAGAUGCCUGAAAUGUACAGCAUUCUACAAAGUGUUCCUCAGCGACAGAUUGAAGAGAUGCAAAGACAGGCAAGGUGGUUCUGGGAAGCGUAUUUUCGAUCGAUGAAAGCAAUUGCUCUUGCAACUCUUCAGAUUAUCAAUGAUAGAAUUUACCCAUAUGCUGCCAUUUCUUAUGAAGAAUGGAAUGAUCCCCCAGCUGUGAAAUGGAGCAGUGUGAGUAACCCACUUUUCCUUCCACUGAUCCCACCGCAGUCCCAAGGUUUCACAGCUAUAGUUCUGACCUAUGACCGGGUGGAGAGCCUUUUCCGAGUCAUCACUGAAGUGUCGAAAGUGCCUAGUCUAUCCAAAUUAUUAGUUGUCUGGAACAACCAGAAUAAGAAUCCACCAGAAGAUUCCCUAUGGCCAAAGAUUCGUGUUCCACUGAAAGUUGUUAGAACUGCAGAAAACAAGCUUAGUAACCGCUUUUUCCCCUAUGAUGAGAUUGAAACAGAAGCAGUGUUGGCUAUUGAUGAUGAUAUCAUUAUGCUAACCUCGGAUGAACUCCAGUUUGGAUAUGAGGUUUGGCGUGAGUUUCCUGACAGGUUAGUUGGAUAUCCAGGUCGCCUGCAUCUUUGGGACCAUGAGAUGAACAAAUGGAAAUAUGAAUCAGAAUGGACCAACGAAGUCUCAAUGGUGCUGACUGGGGCAGCGUUUUAUCACAAGUAUUUUAACUAUCUUUACACCUAUAAAAUGCCUGGAGACAUCAAGAACUGGGUGGAUGCUCAUAUGAAUUGUGAAGAUAUUGCCAUGAAUUUUCUGGUGGCAAACGUCACUGGCAAAUCAGUCAUUAAGGUGACCCCACGGAAGAAGUUCAAAUGUCCAGAAUGCACAGCAAUCGAUGGGUUAUCACUGGACCAGACGCAUAUGGUGGAAAGAUCUGAAUGCAUCAAUAAGUUUGCCUCUGUCUUCGGGACCAUGCCUCUGAAAGUGGUGGAGCACCGGGCUGACCCUGUCCUGUACAAAGAUGACUUUCCUGAGAAACUGAAGAGCUUUCCCAAUAUCGGCAGCUUGUAAAGGCAGCUAUGAGACGAACCUGUGUGCUGAAAAUCAAGGCUGAAACGGUGCUAAGAGGAAUAUGAGGCCCUGAAGAAAAUAAGGCAAUAAAGUGGGUUGCAUCUGAGGGAGAUGGGAAUUCAUGUUGUAUUCUGGUAAUAUUAGUCCUCCCUUCACGUUGCACAAAUGUGUAAUGGAAAGCUGAACAACUGCUUCUCUGUUGCAUACAGAGGAUUGAGUCUGUUCAUGGGUCCUACCAGAAAUGUCAAAACAAACACUUGUUCUCCAAAGGAGGCUGUGCAUCUGCAAGAAUAAAACAGAAUCUCACUCUGGGGUCUGGCUGGCAUGACUGACCUCUUCUUUUGAAUGUGCUGGAGCCCUCUUUGAUGUGUAAGCAUCCAUCCAUUUGAAGCAACAGUCUGCAAUGUAUAGCUGCUGUCUUUUGGGAGGAGCUUAUUUCCUAUGGGAUUGGUGGGCCUCUGUUUCUUGAGCUGAAUUGUUGGCUUAAGCAACUGUGUAGCAAAUAGUUUUUUCUGCGUAGUGAGACAAAUGUUUAUUUUUUACAACAGCAGCAGCAAAAAUCUGUGUUUUGUCACAUGGCUUAAAGAACAAAGUGUUUCAUAUUACUUGAAAAUUAUUUAAAUGCAAGUUGACACACAUGGCAGCUAGGAGGACGGUCUCUGUUAAAGCACAGAGACCUGCAGGAUAGAACUCCAAUUGCUGCAUCUCUUCGUUCUGCAUGAAUCUCAGGUUUUCUGCUGUGUCCAUACAAGUGAAUGUGACUCAAGUGUCAAAACUGGUUAUAAGAAAAAGAUGUAUCUUCCAGUCCUACUAUAUUCUUCCUUUUCAUUACUAAAACAGAGCAGUCAGUUAUAGUUUUACAUCAUAGCCAUACCUUGGAACAACAGCUAUGAGUUAAUAUUUGAACAUCUGAGCCCUCUUCAGCAGUCAGUGUGUUGCAGACUGAUUUGUAAAACAUUUCAAUUUACAGAAAUUCCUGGUUUCAGCUUUGAUGUGCAGGGUUGUGUGUAGCUGCAAGACACUAUUAAUGUGCACUUAUAGAUGAAACUCCUGUAAAUUACUGUUGUUGGAAAAACUGCUGGGUCUUAGCUUGCAAUUUAAUUAAAGAACCCAUGGCCACAGGCUGCCACUGAAGCAUGAAGCUUUUAGAGAGACUUUAAAUUUCUUAUGAAAAUUGGAAUUGUUUCUCAAAGCUGAAAUUGACCUGAGUUAAAAAUUAGAUAUAGCAAAGUUAGAAAUAAAACUGCCUGGACCGAAAGACCUCUUGCCCUUUGAUGUUAGAGAUGCUCCUAAGUUGGGCUGAGGAAGAAAUCUUUCUUCCAGCUUCGCUGGUAGAACGUCUGCUACCAGAUAAGGGUGAAUUCACCUUCUUUUGACAUCUCCCUUGCUGCCAGUAACAGAGAUCUCUUACUCGAUAGGCCAUUUUUCUGUUACACUACGAGCAACCUUACUCCUCAGAUUUUGCCAAAACCCCAAACAAUGGGACAAGUGUUAGGCAUCACAGUUCACCCCCUCUCCUAAACUGGAUAGGCAGCAAUGACAGAAACCAAAUGAAAGUCAGGCUAGAAACAGGAAACAUCUGCUCCUAUUUGUCUCACCCCCACUAAGACUUAUCUUAUUGCCCAAUGCAGUGGAUGUGCUGUGAAUGAAAAUCAUAUUGGAACAAUAGCUCUGAGGGGAUACUUCACUUCAUAACUCCCCUGAGAUGUGGCUGUAAACUGCAUCAUCCGAUUCUCUGGGAACGUUUAAUUACUAGUAAAUUUUGGGGUUGUUUUUCAGUGUAGUCUUUAUUUCAUUCCUAACAUGCAGUGGGAGGAGGUAUUAGGGAGGCAGGAGGAUAGCUUUUGCAGUGACAACUGCUGUCUGCACAGUGGGUAUCACAAAAUAGAGGAACGCUUUGUUGCUGAGUAGUUCUCCUUCGCAGCCCCUCGUGUUCAUUCACGUGAACUUUCUUCCUGAACCUUUCUGCUGGUUUAUGUCCUGCUGCUUGAGUGUCAAUAGAUGCCAGUUUAUUUCCCAUGCGAAGUUUGCUUUAAAAAGGGAAGCUGUGACAGUGUAGUAAUCUGUUGAAUUUUAACCUUGCUUUUGGGACUGAUCUGAGGUUGGCAGGCCUUAGCCGGCGUAACAGCAUUAUAACAUCUCCCUUUCACAAAGCCCUGAAGCUGUUGCAAUUUCUUGUUUUUUUUUUCUCAGUAAGCCAGGAGUACACACUUUGCACGGACUUUUAAAAGACACGGAGGAUUUCAAAUGGUUGCUGGAAUACUUUUAGGUGGGGAUAGCCUAACAAGCCCUCCUGAACUGAUCUCUGGUCGCAAGUUAGUAAGAGGCAACAGGUCCUUCUGUCAGCAUCCCAAAGUAUCUGGGCUAAUUCCUCUUCCUCAGAAUGCCCAGUGACCAGUUAUCUGACAUGUUUUGUCCUGCAGCAUUUUACAGCUGCUUUUAUAUGGCAGUCUCAUUUAAAUGGUAAUGUCUGUCUGGUUUGUGUCAUGGAGAAAACUGGGCAAUUGACAAAUCUGUAAAAUGCCCCGCUUCCCCACUACGUUUAUAAUUGUGUUGCUUUUGAUGCAGAAUCUGUAAAAAUAAGGUGUACCUGUAUGUCUGAUUUGGAAUGGUUUUGUUUUCAGUCAUUAAAUUAAGAUUAUUGUUAACUUUUCAUUGUAUAUAUUUUAUCAAAAAGGCUAAUGUUGUUAUAUUAAAAAAUAAAUCCAAAGAGUA